AUUUGCAGAAAGCAUUGAUGUUGUAAUGGAAACUAAAGGUGGCAAAAAGAAAUUUUCAAGAAUCCAGUACGAAGUUCCCCUUGGAUACAUCAUUGAAGAAGUUCGUCCCAACGGAGGCAUUCAGAAAUUCCGUUCUGCUGCAUACUCCAACUGUGCGAGGAAACCAUCCUGAUACGUUUAUCAUCGCAGAAUGGACUCUUCAGUAGAGUAGGAUUUUUUCCUUUUUUGUCCCAGAAAUCCUUUUAACUACUUUCUAAGUUCUUCAUUUUCACCUUUUGGAAAGUAUAUUUUGCCCAAAAAAUUUAAUGGCAGUUUCGCCUAUCGGUUUCGAGGGCUUUGAGAAGCGCCUUGAAAUCUCAUUUUCUGAGCCACCUAUGUUUAUGGACCCAAAUAUGCUGGGUCUACGCGCCCUAACUAGAGCCCAACUCGAUUCAAUACUCGAGCCCGCAUGUUGCACGAUUGUGUCACAACUCUCUAAUACUGAGUUCGACUCAUAUGUUCUCUCUGAAUCGAGUAUGUUCGUUUACCCUUUGAGGAUCAUUCUCAAAACAUGUGGGACCACAAAGCUUUUACUGUCCAUCCCAGAAAUCUUGAAACUUGCUGAGUCAUUAUCACUUUGUCCAAACUCGGUCCGUUACUCACGUGGCACAUUCAUUUUCAAAAAUAUCCAACCUGCCCCUCAUCGUAGCUUUACAGAAGAAGUGACUUUUUUGAACUCAUUUUUCAAAGAAGGCAGUGCUUAUUUACUCGGCGAUCCCAUUUUCCCGAACCGAAAUUGGCAUGUCUACGUGGCAUCAAUUGGUCCUAAGACGUCGACUAAUUCAAAAACUGAGAUUAAUCUGGAAAUGUGCAUGACGGGGCUGGAUAGGAAAAAAGCGACUGUGUUUUUCAAAGAAUCAAGAGACAACGCAGUCAACGGUGAAAUGAAGAAAAAGUCUGGAAUCAAUGAGAUAAUUCCAAGUCAUCAGAUUUGUGACUUUGAGUUUGACCCGUGUGGGUACUCGAUGAAUGGGAUUGAGGGUGCAGCUUAUUCUACAGUGCACGUGACUCCAGAGAAUGGGUUUAGCUAUGCAAGCUACGAAGCUAUGGGAGUGGACUUUGGGGGGUCCAUUAGGCUUGAGCAUUUGGUCAAGAGGGUGCUGAGGUGUUUUGAGCCAGUUGAUUUUACCAUAGCUAUAACUUUGCCAGAAUAUGCUUGUGUUGACGAGUUCUAUGUCGACAACAUGGAAGGUUACACAUGUGUGAGUGGGGUGAUGCGUCGUUUGCUAGGUGGCAAGUGCGUAGUGUAUCAGAGUUUUACAGCCAAGUCGAGGGGUUGUGGGGUGCUCAAUCCCAACAAAUCCGUUUUGCAAUGUUGGAAGGAGGUGGCGGAGGAGGAGGCUGAAGUGGGAGGUGUGGGUGGUACUGCGGUGUUGGCAUUCUCUUGUGUGGAAUCAGCCUAGAUGGGAGAAGAUAAUAUGAACAUGUUCAGCUAGUUUUGACAAUCUGUCUAAUUAAAAUGCUAUAUGUGUACAGAAAGAUGUUUCACAGAAUUCCUCCAGACACUCACAUGGAUCACAUGGUGAAGUAAAAAAAUGCCAAAAAAAUAACUCACCACCCCCUAUUGUGAGUAUUCUGUGAACCAAAUUUCUGUACACCCAGUACUGUUAGUCUGUUUAAUGAAAUUUGGUAGUCUCUAUUUAGGUGUAGUACUAUGGAAUAAAUGGAGAGAAAUUAGGUAGUUUGAGUCUCUCUCCCAAUUUUAAGUUG